AUCUUAAGUCCAGUCUAAGGAGAAAACUUUAUACUACACUCUUCUGUUACAUCCGCCUCCCUCUUCUUCCAUGGCAGAUCAUCAAAGAAUCCAUCCAGUUCCUGAGCCAGAACAGGAGCCACCAGUACAAAAACCAACUGUUCCUUUAGUACCACGUGGCUCUUUCAGAUCAGAAAAAGGUGACCCUGAGAGACAGCAAUUAGAACCACCACCUUUGAGAAAAAGAACAAUCCCAUAUUAUCCACCAUUAAAACCACCUAAGAAAAGAAUUUGUUCUUGCAAAAGAUGCUUGUGUUGCACAUGUUGCCUGCUUUUCUUUCUCAUCAUAAUCAUUGGUGCUUUAGCUGCUGCUUUUUACUUUGUCUUCCAACCUAAAAUACCAAACUACUCAGUUGACAGCAUGAGGAUUACACAGUUCAAUUUCAACAAUGACAUGAGCUUAUUAUUUGCUACUUUUAAUGUUAACAUCACUGCUAGAAACCCCAACAAGAAAAUUGGAAUUUACUAUGAAAGUGGUAGCCAUUUAAGUGUUUGGUACACUGGUGUUAAACUAUGUGAAGGGUCAUUGCCAAAAUUUUAUCAGGGUCAUAGGAAUACAACUGUUUUAAGCUUGAAUUUAUCAGGACAAACAGAGAAUGCUAGUGAAUUGUUGCAGUCAUUGCAGCUUGAUCAACAGAAAGGAAGUAUUCCGUUGAAUCUCAGGGCAAAAGUUCCAGUGAAGCUCAAGAUUGGAAAAUUGAAGCUUAUGAAAUGGAAGUUCUUGGUUAAGUGUAAGCUAGAUGUGGAUAGCUUGUCUGCAAAUAAUGCUAUCAGGAUUAGGAAUAGUGAUUGCAAGUUUGGUUUUAGGCUCUAAUUGAUGAUUGAUACAUCAAUUAUAGUCCACCAAUAUUUUCUUGAAUUUUUCAUAUUUCGUUGAUUCUUUCCUUUACAAUUUUUUGUUCAUCUUUUUUUUUCUUAUAUAUGUUUUUUUUCAGUAUAUGUAGACACUGUUGUACUCAUACUAUUUUGUGUUGAUAUAGUAAUAAUACUGGGUUUGCUAUAUUAAA